AUGUUGUUCAAGAACACCUUCGGCAUCCUUGCCACCUCUGGCAGCGUCAUGUGUUGUGGUGGGUUUAACACAAUCAGCACACUUCUUGUGCCCACAAACCCCAAGAUCAUGUCUUUCGUCACCGGCGCAGCCAUUGGCAACCUUGCCCUUACCAUCGACAUCAGCUCCCUGUCCAACGGUCGCAAUGGCAGCAAGCUCGCCGCUGCCGGCGAGAUCUGA